AUGGAUCCAUGUCCAGACUAUGGCGAUUUUGACCCCAAGGCCAUGAACGGGUUGACCCGCGCCGUUAGUGCCGAUGCCACUAACGGCCCCGCAAGCGACUCUCGAUCCACAUCGAUCCCGUCAACGGACCACAUCCACCGCAACACAUUCGAGGGGCAAGAAGAGCUGUUUGCCGUCGGAUCCGGCAACAUCGAUCCCGUCUUCUUCGACGAGAACCUUCUCUUUCCGCCGCUACCUGCCAACCCACCGCAGAUCCCAUUCGACAUCCCAGUCGACGUGCCAGUCGACGUGCCAUUAGACGUUCCCUUCGACUUCCCCUUCGACCCCUCCUUCGACCCCUCCUUCGACCCUCCAUUCCUCCAUGCUCCAUUACUCAACGCCGACACGGCAUCCUUCAAUUCGUUUCCCGCCCUGCCGCUGGUAUUGCUCCCGGGCGACUUAUCCAACCAUCAUCCUGCCAUCCACGACCUCAGCUUCCCGGAGCUGACCCCGCCUGCCGCCUUCGACAGCGGUCCUCUGUACCAAGACACGUCCAGCUUUGGAAACGUCGGCGGCUUCGCGGACUUGCUCGAGCUUGACCCCUGGUUCCACCCCAGCGAUCCAAUGUUCUACACCUUGCCAGAGUCGAGCGGCGGCGAGGCGACAUUCCCUCCACCACGGGUGUCCGACCCCGUACCUCCCGUCGAAAGCCUGGGAGAAGGGAGUAGCAUCCAUGUGGCCCUGAAUUCCCAUCUUGCACCAACCGACGACAAUGAAGCAAAUAUCGUGGCUCCUACUCCCGUCGCAGCUGCCGACUCUCGCGCGUCGACAUCGCACGUUGACGUUGACCGACCUCAAAACGCCCUGCAGCGCAUCCACAAUAGCAACAAGUGCGACUCUAACCCGCGAUGCCUGCAAUGCAUGCUCAAGUCAAUACCGGCUGAUAUGUGCGUCCGGGUCCGCUUUACCGAAGAGCCCAUAUUCAAGAAGUGGAAUGUUGGCCUCUACCAAUCAAAGAUGCGAUGGGGGCAACUCGCCUGGGUUCCCGGGCAAAUCACUAUGAACUUGUACCACUUCGACAAUGGGCCAGCCAUCCUAGUCAAGUGCCGCCAGUUCAUCCCUGACAGUCCCGAGCAGUGUCAGGUUUGGGGAAGGACGCCCGGUGGCUGGAGACUUGAGCCAACGGCUGCCUUUGGCCUUGACUCGGCCGUCUCUGAGGAAUAUGUCGCGCAAUACAUCUCCGAGUGCGUUCCGUACUGCGCCGAGGAGGCCGCUCGAAACAGCCCACAGCUCCGCACGAUUAUUCAAAAUGCCUCGCGACAAGACAAACUACUUCCCCUCGCCCUCCAACUCUGGACUGCGAACCGCCUUCUCAUGAGAGGGUGGCAGGCGAAGGAAGACCCCGCACUAGGUAUCUGUCGAGUCACCGACCCCGAAAGUCCCUACUACAAUACCACAAUAGCGCCCCGGGUUUUGCAGAACCAAAUUGACAGCAGGGUUGAGGCCUUCAUGGCUCGGGUCGAGCUUCAGCUUCUCAAAGACCUCCAGAAAGCCAUGAAGCAGAAGACGUGUGGCUGGAUUGAGAUUUUCUCGACCGUGUUUCUUAUACUGCGCGUUGCCGAGAAGGAUAUUUGGAGACUUAUGUAUUGGCUGCGGCACGAAAACGAAGCAUACAAAUGGAAGCACCCCGAGUCGGCCAGCAAGCUCGCCCAGAGGAGCAUAUUCUGCUGCAACCUCCUCCUGACGUACUUGCACAACGCGGGCUCCGUACCUAUCGAGUUCACGAAGUCCAACACACCCUCACUUGACCGAAUCGGACAGGCGGCGACUCUAUACGAGGAGAUGAACGACGACAGUGUGGAUGACACACUCAGCUCCUUGGCUUUUGUAGAGAACUGGCAGGAGGGAAAUGCAGUACAGCCAAAGGAAUUCGGUUGUAAAUGA